UAUUGAUUGUAUCAUCUUCCUCGUCACACCGAACAACAGUUCUAUUUAUGUUCUGCAAUUUCCCUAUUUCUAUCAAGCUUGCCAAUUCUAUGUUUCUUCUUUCUAUUUUUGAAUUCUGAUUUAUCAGCCCGCUGGUUUCCUGCUCCGAUCACCGUCUGUGUUAGUGGAGAAUACAGAUCGGAGCACAGAAUGAGAAGUGCCGUACGGAAUAGUAAAGCUCCUUCCCUUGUGGAUUUGUGCGUUAAGGUUGCAAUAGAUCAUGUUAGAUACAUUGGGGAUGUUGGUGCAACAGACUUUCAUCUUCUUGAGCGCUUUCUACCUCACUGUACUGAGGACCAGUUGGCACUCAUUGAGAAGUCAACACAAGGAAGAGAUCUUAGCCCUGUGACUGAUAAACUCUGGAAGAAAUUUUAUGAGCGGCAAUUUGGUGAAAAGAGCGCCAGUCUGGUUAUUGAGAGAAUGAAGCAAAAGAAAGUAACUUUUAAGUGGAAUCAAUUGUAUAAGGCAAAGUUGAAGGAGGUUGAGGAAGCCCAACAAAAGUCCUUUGAAAGAAUCAGGGAUCUAUACAAAAAACAAGAUGCCGAGAAACAAAGCCGACAAAUUAAGCUCUGUACAAAGGUUCCACCUUCUAGCAAUAAAAGAAGCUUUUAUGGAGGCAACAGCAGUAUUUACAACACAAAGAGUACUGUGAUGAAGAAAGCAAAAAUGGAUUUCUUAAGAAGUCCAGAGGUUAGAAAUUUAGCUGCCAUGAAGAAUAAGGCUGUGCAGAGAACUCAUAGUUUCUCUAGCAGUGUAAGUGUUUCCUCCACAAAGAAACCAGGUGGACCUUCUGCGAUGGCUGCUUCUUCAAGAUACAAACCUAUGAAUCCGACAAUGAAGAGAUUCUAGAGCUCCUGGAGUUAAUGUUGUAAAAGAAAAACAAGUACUCCCUCCAUCCCGCAACAUUUUACUGUAUUGCUUUCCUUUUUAGUUUGUCCGAAAAUGUUCCCCUCUUUCCGAAAUUAAAUAUCACAUCAUUUUACUUUUUCCAAUGUACCCUUAUUAGUUUUGCUUUCUUU